UUGACAAAAGGGAGGGACUCUGACAUCUCAGUUUGUCAGAGUAAAGUUUCAUUUGUGUGGAAGCGACGAUGGCUGCUAAACCCAACAGACGUGAAGAAUGUCUGGAAGACAGAGAGAUUUUCAGAAAGAACGCUGCUAAACUAAUUGAAGAAAUGGUAUUUCUGAGUGAAGACACCGAAGAGGAUACCACACCAUUAGUGGAUGAGAUUCUUCACAGCAUCUUCUUUUUGGGACGAGUCUACGACCCACAGUUUAGUCCUGAGAGUAUUGAGAUUGAUCAAGAGAUGCGAGAAUUUUUGGCGGACUCCUAUCCUGAAGCUUUUCGACGUUAUUCAUCUCGACUACCCCAUCGAGCCCCGUUUUCAUGUGUGCUGGACAUGAUUGUGCACAUUGCUGGACAAGAGAAUGAGGAAGAAGUAAAAAACCAGCUGCAACAGUUUGUUCAGCAGCUAGAGGGGGAUCAACCAAAACAUUUGUUGUCCACCACCAUGUGCAUCUCUCAGAUCAACAGUCGAGAUUCAGGCCGCCACUACGGAGUCUCCAUGUCCACCUUCGGACGGGUUGCUGGGAAAAUCAUGGUUGCUGCCUCCUGCUUACAGACCUGGCAUCAGCUCGUAGCUGGGGCAGUGCUGUCCUAUGAUCAACGCUUCAAAAAGAAAAUGCCUCUAAGGUCAAAUUUUAAUGGAACCAUCAGACUUCCCCAGAAUAUCAGGUGUCAAGCGUACAACAUUCGUGAUCAAACACUAAAACGCCCCUGCUCAUCGUGUGGAGAUUUGUUUGGUUUGAACAACACUGAAGAGAAGAGAUGGCGCUAUGGAAACUGUGCUGAAGUUGAGAGUGUGAGUAAACUGCUCAAGACUGAGGCACAAGUUACAGAGCAGGUGGAGUUCCAAGCAGAGUGGACUGCUGAAAGUAGAAAACAAGUUGAAGACGAAGUUCGUAAAGAACUUGAGGGUUGGUUGAGAAUGAAAGGCUUUAGGUGGGAUGGUCAGUUUUAUGUCCCACAAAGUAUUCAGCCCAUUUAAGAAAAUGAUUUUGAAUUCAAUUGAUAUCUCAAUGAGUUGUUAUUUCUGUUGCCCAGUUUCUUCUGUGACGACCCUCCACUUUUUACGCAUUACCACCCUGUGUCUGUCUUCGUGUUCAGUCUUACACAGGGUUUAAUUGAUGAGGUUACAUCAAUUAAAAAAUUAAUCAUCCGGUUUUCAUAUAUUCAAAUUCAAUCUCCUUUAAGUUGGUUAAGUCCUUAAGUUAAGGGCACCUGUCUUUGUCUUUUGUGUGUGUGUGUUUUUUAUGGGUAUAUAUUUAAUAAGUUGUAUAUUUUGACUUCUUGAUUUGAUGGUUUAUCAACAUGACUAUCAUAAGUUUGUCAUAAUAUUGUUGGGUUGGUUUUAGGGUUUUUUGUGUCUGUUCCCUUUUUUUUCUCUGUGUUUUCUAAAUUGGCAUUGCAUUGCAUACUGAGUACUAAUGUUUGUAGCCAGUAUGUGCCACACAAUUUCAAAAUAAAGUG